AUGACGAUAUGGUUGAAGUAUGACGCUGACAACAGUGGGGACAUUAGCCUCCGUGAGCUUGGGAAGCUUGAAAAAGGUUUAAAUUUUUCGGAAGAUAUCUCCAAAGAACUCACCGCUAAGGUAAAAGCUGCAGGUGGAAAUGUCAACUAUGCCUUUUUGGAAAGUGCAUAUCUUUCCUUGACGAGGCUUGACGAACUUGAAUACGUGUUUCGAUGUAUUGCUGGCCCAGGAAGAGACACCAUAACGAGAGAUGAGUUCAAGCUGUUUUUGCGAGAUGUUCAAGGGGAAGAGUUGGAUGGGGCACAUGUGAAGAAGAUUCUGAGCUCCCUAUUUACCGUGCACACAGGCGAUAUUCAUUUAAACACGUUUCUUACCUUUUUGGGGGAUAGCCGUUUCAGCAGCAUUGUGGAUGGCGAAAAGACCUGUAAGGUAUACCAAGAUAUGAAUCAACCAAUUUGCAAUUAUUUUAUCAAUUCCUCUCACAAUACAUACCUAACUGGUGAUCAACUGACAAGUAAGUCAUCAACAGACAUGUAUAAAAAGGCUCUGCUUGAUGGAUGUCGCUGCGUGGAAUUGGAUUGCUGGGAUGGUUUUGCAGGUGAGCCUGUCGUCUAUCACGGCCACACACAGACAUCCAAGAUAUCCUUUUGCUCCUGCAUACACGUGAUUAAGGAGUACGCCUUUCAGGUUUCGGAGUACCCAGUUAUUCUGUCGCUCGAGGUUCACACAAGUCUUGCUCAACAAGAUCGAAUGGCGGAGAUCAUGUGUGAUACGUUUGGGGAGAUGCUGUUUCAAAGCCCGUGGGGUGCGCAGGAGCCUACGACCUUUUUGUUUUCCCCAGAGAACCUCAAGAGGAAAAUUCUCGUAAAGGGCAAACGAGUUGCGUCAUCGUUGCCUGCCUGUGACGUGUGGAAAACGGGCAGCGAAGACACGGAAGAGUACAUGGACGAGGAGAAUACUCUGGAGUCCAAUCAAGUAUGCAGUCAGUUUGAGGAGGGAAAGGAAAAGGAACAACAUAAAAAGAAGGAAAAUAGGUAUUCAGAAAAACUAUCGCGCAUCGUUUCCAUUGAGUCUGUUGGAUCUAAAUUUAGUGGUGACAUGUCAUAUCUAGAAAAACGACAACCGUACCAGUGUACUUCUUUGGAUGAAACCAAGGCGAAAAAACUUGCCUUAACCAAGACAGCGAAACUCAAAGCUAUUAAUCGGCAUUUUCUUACCCGCAUCUACCCUGCGGGAUUGCGGUUUGGCAGCAGUAACUACGAUCUUCAAACUCUUUGGAAUUGUGGGUGCCAAAUAGUGGCACUCAAUUGGCAAUCAACGAAAACUUAUGAGUGGAGGCUUAACAAGGGAUUUUUUUCUGACAACGGAAAUUGUGGGUACCUAUUGAAACCCAAAAGCCUGCUGUUGGAUACUGGGUCACGCCGCGGGUCCCAGGUGCGGACAUUGACGUUGGAAAUUAUUUCUGCCUUUUGCCUUCCCAAACCAAACCGCGCCAAUAAGGGUGAGAUUGUGGACCCGUUUAUCAAGUGUUUUAUUGAGGGUCCAGACGGUAACGACAACCCAAAGAUUUCAGGGACAGUUCACAACAACGGAUUCCAUCCAGUAUGGAGGGGAAAAGGCCUGCAGAAUGAAUUUUCGUGGGAAAUUCAGGACUGGGAUCUCUCUACACUUGUCGUGCAAAUUUACGAUAAAGAUAAACACACCCGCGAUGACUUUCUGGGAGAGUCCGUUUUGCCAUUGCGUGUGCUAAAAAAAGGAAUUAGACGGAUUCCGAUUCAUGACAUUAGUGGAACGGUCUUUUCUGGAACGUUUCUUAUGUGUUCUGUGAGUUAUUGGUGA